AUGUCGUUCUUAUCAAUGCCUGAUGACGAUGACAAACUUGAUUUCAGCAUGGGAACUCCAAAGGGAUCAUCCAAACUUUCAUCUCUAUUCGAUGCUGAUCGUGCGUCUAAUCGUCUUGGAAAUGAAUCGUUAACCUACACUCCUCCUAAACAGCCAAAGAAAAAUCAGCAAGCUGCUGAUGGAGAGUCACAACCAUUAACUAACCUCAAGGCUGCUGCAGUUCAUGCUUACCGCAUUGUAAAUGGACAAUACCAGAACGUGGGAAAAUUGGGUAUCGCCUUGCUGGGGAAUUAUUCUGCUGAAAAUUAUCAGCUAUUGUUAUAUGCCGGUAAGCAAAAACCAGUAUCCAUGGCCAAAAUAACAUCAUCCUUUACCUUUACGUUGCAACCGAACAAUUACGCAUGUUUUUAUGAUGAUAACCGAUUAAUGUGGUCUGUAUGUUUUGAUUCUGAAAAGAUUGUUCUUGAAUUUAGUCAACAGAUUGCAUUGGCUAAAUCAAAUUCAAGUGGACAUUCUGAACUAAUAAUGCAAGAUCUAAUUAUGGGAGAAGGGCAGAGUGUUAAAACGGAUGAUAUGGUCGAAAUGCAGUAUACCGGUUGGUUACUGAAGAAUGGAUCAAUUGGACAGGAAUUUGACAGUAGCAGUAAAAAUGAUAAACCCUUCCGUUUUCGUAUUGGUGCUGGUAAAACUAUCAAGGGAUGGGAUGAAGGUGUCGUUGGUAUGGCAAAGGGUGGAAAGAGAUUUCUUGUUAUACCUCCAGAGUUAGCCUAUGGAUCUAAGGGUAUAGGGGAUCGUAUUCCACCAAAUUCAACUUUAAUUUUUGAAGUAGAACUAAAAAAAAUGACAGAGGCUGACCAGAAAAGAUCAAAACUUAUUUCUCGCAUGUCGAAAAUGGGUGUUAAUGCAUUACCGUUUGUUAUUCCUUCUCCCGCAUCGACCGAAAGCAAUCUUGAAGGAGUUGAGGAACGAGCUCGUUCAAGCAGUAGAAGAUCCGCUGAAGAGCAAUCUAUAAAUUCAUCCGAUAGCUUAGUAGAAAUGCAGAGUGAAUUAGAACAGCAGCAAAGGAAAUUAGCCCAACAACAGAUAGAACAAGAACAACAAGAACUGGAACUUCUAAAGCAGAAACAAAUUAUUCAAGAAAAACAAAAACUUUUGGAGCAGCAAAGACAACUAGAGCAACAGAAACAACAGCACGUAGCUUUGUAUCAAUCGUCACAGAUGGUAGGGACGUUAUCAACACCUCAGAAUGUACCUGCAUCUGUUGGUGUAGUAAAUCAGUCAAAUACUUAUCCUAGUCAAGCUCAGUCUACAACUUUGUACCCAACUGGUGUUUACCAACAGCCUGGACCACAAACAGUUAAUACUGGGGAUAGUGGCAUAAUGUCUGCUUUACUUAACGAAAGUAGGCAUCAAAAUUCUGAAAUGAGGAGAUCCAUUGAAAAAGUUUUAGAUAAAGUUGAUGGAGUAUCUAGUAAGCUUGACAAUUAUCAAUCGAAUAAUUUGGCAAUUGUUCAAAGUGGUGGCCAAGGUGUGAUGGAAGCUGAUGUGUUAUUUAGAAGUCUUCAGAAACAUUUUCAGGAUAAUGAGAAGAUGAAAAAAGAAUUGUUGGAAAAGAAUAGCAAGAUUGAAUCGCUAAAUGACAAAAUUUCAGAACUACUACAACAAAAUCAAAAAUACGUAGAACAAAGUCAUGUUAUAUUAGAACAAAGAAACGACUCUUUGAAGAAUACUGCAGCUCAAUCUCAGUCUAGGGUAAUCGCUUUAGAACAAGAAAGACUAGAAUUAACGAAUUCGUUAGCUAAAGCAACUGAUAGUCUGGGAUCUAUUCAGAAAGAGGUUAUUGGCUAUAAACAAAGAGAAUCUGAUCUUCAAUCAUUGGUUGCUAAAGCGGAAGCGAAUGCUAAGACUUAUAAAGAUCGAUGGGAUGAUUACGAUAAACAAAAUACUGAUUUGAAGGAAAACCUUGAGCAAGCUAUAAGGGAUACAAAAGAUGCCAAGAAUAAGAAUAAGAACCUAGAGUCAAAAUUAUCAUCUGUUCGAGAUGACCUUUCAGAUUUGCAACAGGAGAAGGAAACACUUGAGAAGGCACUGGAGGAUAGAAAGAAGAAAAAUGCAGCUGACAAAAAAAGAUUACAGGCAGAACUUGACGAGAUGAGAUCUACUCACGAUGAAGAAUUAAAUGAGCUUCAUCAGAAAUAUCUAAAACAAAAAUCUAGCACAAACCUUACGCAAGAGAUUGCAAGGGUGGAAGAAGAUUUAGAAGCCAGGUGGAAUAAAAAAUCUUCGGAUAUGGUUGCAAGUUGGAAAGAUAAAUAUAACAAAUUAAUGGAAGAGAAAACCGAUUUGGAACGUAAACUUAAUGCUAAUUCAUUAGCGUUAUCUAAAAUGGAAGACUCUACAAACGCUGGAACUGCAGAACAAAAACAAACGCUAGAGCGAAUUGCAGAAUUAACCAUUAUUAGUGAGAAUUAUGAUAAACUAAAAGUAGAAAAAGCUGAAUGUGACAACGAAUUAAUAUCUUUACGUGAGAAGGCUUCUAAGUUAACAAAUUUACAAGACAAAUACGAUGAAGUGUGCAAUAAGCAUUAUGACUUCCGGGAAGAAGUAAAGGCGAAACUCUCUAGAAUAGCAGAGGAGCAAGAAGUUAUUAAAAAUGAAAGUUAUGAAGAGGGCUUCAAGGCUGGAAAGAUGGCUAGUGACGAUGAAAGAUCGAAUGAAGUUGUAGCUGAAAGUAAAUCCGGCAGUACUGACACAAACAAUAAGGACGAUAGUAAUGAAGUUGAUGGUGAAGGUGAUAAAGAAGAAAAUGAAGACGAAAAGAAAGGAGUAGCUGAAGGGAGUGAUAUUUCCGGUAAGGUUACCGAAGAAAAUCUAGUUGAAGGCCGUCAUGGAGAUAGUAGUAAUGAACCAGAAGAUAGUGAAGGGGAUCGUCAUAAGGAAGUUUCUGAAAGUCAAAAUCAACAGGAGACUCAGGAAAAUGAGAAACCUUCUGAUGACAACAGUAAUACGGAAGCUUCUAUUACUGACGCGAUUAGCUCCGAUGUAGUUGCCUCACAAAAAUUCGUUGACGAGAAACAGGAUAACGCGGAAGAUGCUGCUUCCUCUCGCUCUCCAGAAUCUGGCGAUAAUUCUACGAAAGGCGAGUCCCCACCUCCAAUGCCUGAAAAAGAAGUUAAGGAAGCAUCAUUAUUUGAUGAUGAGGACCAAGACUUGGACUGGAUGAGUUAA